CUCUGGGGCCUGUGGGAAAUGUAGUCCAACACCGAAAAAGUCCAGACUUGAGAGCGGAGCGUGGAGCCCACCAGCUGCAGAGACACCCCCCUCCCCGCCCUGAGACUCCCGGGAAUUCCAGGGCGCAAUGAUCGCACGCCUUUGGUGGAGGGGUUGCAGCUGGUUGUCCUUCCAGACGCCGAAGAGCCGGGUGAUGGUCCUCUGAGAGCGAGGUGAGGUCGCGGAAGGAAGAAGAGCCCAAGCCGAGGAAGUAAUCGCAAACCUGGGCCGGGGAGGGCAGAAAAGGGAACCGGAAGCCGGGUGCGGACCAAGGAGGCAAACGGAAGAAGCCUGGCUAGGGUAGGGCUGGCUGAGAAUUGGAAGCUCCGGGCCUAGGAGGGAAGAGGGAGUUGGGAACCCGGCAGAGGAGGGCCGGGGCGGAAAUCGUGAAUCUCUGCCGAGGGAGGCCGGGCUAAGAAGGGCUGAAGCCGUGCGGAGGGACUUCGGGCAGGAGAGAGCCCAGGCGAGUUCACUCAGGCCUGUACGUGCGGGACCCCAGGAGCCAAUGUGACACUGCAGAACAUGUCUACACUUGAAAUGACACAGAUGUUCCCAGAGGGUCCUAGAUGGGGAGGUAAAGUUGGCCAAGACAUGGGAGCUGCAAAGCAAGUAGAAGGAAAUGCGCAGGACUCUUCCCUUUUCCAAAAGAAGAGCUCAUAAGAGAAGUUUCAUCUCUUGCAAAUAUCAAAGCCAUGCCUCAGGAGGAGUGGCAGCAACUGGAUCCUGCUCAGAAGGCCCUCUACAGGGAUGUCAUGUUGGAAAACUACUGUCACCUCAUCUCUGUAGGAUUUCACAUGACUAAGCCUGAUAUGAUCCACAAGUUGGAACAAGGAAAAGAACUAUGGACAACAGAGAAAAUUUUUCCAAGUCAGAGUUACCUCGAAGAAGAUUGGAAAGCUGAAGAUGUUUUAGUGAAGUUCAAAGAAUACCAAGACAGGCAUUCUAGAUCAGUUGUAUCCAUCAACCACAAAAGGCUAAUGAAGGAGAGAACUAAUAUUUUGGGGAAAACAUUUACUGUCAGCAAGAACCGUAUUAUUUCAAAAACAACACUAAGUGAAUAUAAACCUGAUGGAAAAUUUUUUAAAAAUAUUUCAGAAUUAGUCAUUAGAAAUAUAAGUCCUGUAAGAGAGAAGUUUGGUGAGAGUAAUGGAUGGGAGAAAUCACUCCUUAAUACUAAACAUGAGAAAAUUCAUACUGCAGUGAAUCUCUAUAAACAAACAGAGCGGAGUCUGAGUGGUAAACAAGAGCUUAUUCAACAUCAGAAGGUUCAAACUCCAGAGCAGUCAUUUGAACAUAAUGAAUGUGAAAAACCCUUCCUUAUGAAAGGAAUGUUAUUUACACAUACUAGAGCUCACAGAGGAGAAAGACCCUUUGAAUACAAUAAAGAUGGAACAGGUUUCAUCGAAAAGUCAAAUCUCAAUGUUCACCAACAAAAUAUUAUGGAGAAGAAGGCCCACGCAUACAGCAAAUAUGGGAAGUUCCUCUGUAGGAAGUCCAUUUUUAUCAUGCAUCAGAGAUCUCAAACAGAAGAGAAACCCUUUCAGUGCCCUUACUGUGGGAAUAGCUUUAGAAGGAAGUCAUAUCUCAUUGAACAUCAGCGAAUUCACACAGGUGAGAAACCUUAUGUUUGUAGUCAAUGUGGAAAAGCCUUCCGUCAAAAGACAGCCCUCACUCUUCACGAGAAAACACAUAUAGAGGGGAAACCCUACAUUUGUAUGGAUUGUGGGAAGUCCUUCCGCCAGAAGGCAACCCUUACUAGACAUCACAAAACACAUACAGGAGAGAAGGCCUAUGAAUGUACUCAAUGUGGAAGUGCUUUUAGAAAGAAGUCAUACCUCAUUGAUCAUCAGAGAACACACACAGGAGAGAAACCAUAUCAAUGUAAUGAAUGUGGGAAGGCAUUUAUCCAGAAGACAACCCUCACUGUACAUCAGAGAACUCACACAGGAGAGAAACCCUAUAUUUGCAAUGAAUGUGGGAAGUCCUUCUGCCAAAAGACAACCCUCACUCUCCAUCAAAGAAUUCACACAGGAGAAAAACCCUAUAUUUGUAAUGAAUGUGGGAAGUCCUUCCGCCAGAAGGCAAUCCUCACUGUUCAUCAGAGAAUACAUACAGGAGAGAAAUCCAAUGGAUGUCCUCAGUGUGGGAAAGCCUUUAGUAGGAAAUCAAACCUCAUUCGCCAUCAGAAAACUCACACAGGAGAGAAACCAUAUGAAUGUAAAGAAUGUGGAAAGUUCUUCAGUUGUAAGUCAAACCUCAUUGUCCAUCAGAAAACUCACAAGAUAGAAACUGUGGGAAUUCACUAAAAUCUGUGACUUUUUUGGUGAAAACUUAUAAAGUCAUAGUAAAACCUGUUGCUUGCAAAUAUAAUAAUAUUAAACAGUUUAAGGUACUGUACCACAUAUGUACCUACUAUUUGCUCUCCUAUAAAACACAUAAAAAGAAUUACUGGACAAAUUAAAUGAUAAAAGUCAUUGAAAAUACAAGCUUAAAAUGAUUAGAUUCACCAAACAUAAAUUCCUCUAUCAAGUUGCUACAAACAUUUUAAAUUGCUUAUUUUAAAUUUUAAUAUAUACCUUGUUGUGACCCAGUAAUAAACAGUAGGCUGCCUGGCAGUGGUCCAUGGACCACACUGUGAACAGAACUGCUUUAAAAGUAAGGCGGUGUGACUGUAUUUCUCAUUGCAAAUAUGGUAUAAAAGUUGUUACCUCCUCAGAGUUAACCACAGUUCUAACUUCUAACAUUAUAGUUUUUGCAUAUUAUAAACCUUUAUAUAAAGUAAAUUAUACAUCAUGUAUUCUUUCAUAUAUGGCUUGUUUCAUCCAUCACUCUGUCUUUAAAACUCAUCAUUAGUGCAUGUGGCAGAAGUUUAUUUAUUUUCAUUCUGUAUAAAAUUCCAUUAUAUGAUUAUAUUUCA